UUCCCUCCGCAGGCCCAGAGAGCCGCCGCCAGCUGGGAACAUGGACCCAGGCGCACGGUUGCGCCCUGCCCGGCAGAGGUGGCUGCUGGUGGCCGUGACCGUGGGACUGCUGGCUCAGAGCGCCCUGGCGGGCGUGAAGAAGUACGACGUGCCAUGUGGCGGCAGAGACUGCAGCGGGGGCUGCCAGUGCUACCCUGAGAAAGGAGGACGGGGCCAGCCGGGAACAGUGGGCACCCAGGGCUUCAACGGACCUCCAGGGCUGCAAGGCUUCCCGGGUCUGCAAGGCCAAAAAGGCGAGAAGGGCGAGCGCGGCCGACCCGGGAUCAUCGGACCCAAAGGCGAAGUGGGUGGCAGAGGCGUUGCAGGCUUCCCAGGGGCUGACGGGAUACCCGGACACCCAGGACAGGGCGGCCCCCGAGGGAGACCCGGCUUUGACGGCUGUAAUGGCACCCGAGGAGAUGCAGGCCAGCAGGGACCACCUGGCUCCGGGGGAUUCCCUGGCCAACCCGGACCCCAAGGACCGAAAGGGCAGAAAGGCGAGCCUUAUGCACUGUCCCCCCGAGAACGUGACCUCUACAGGGGCGAACCCGGUGAACCAGGACUGGUCGGCUUCCAGGGUCCCCCUGGCCGCCCGGGGUUCAUGGGGCCAAUGGGGCCAGUCGGAGCUCCAGGGAGACCGGGCCCACCUGGACCUCCUGGACCCAAAGGGGAGCAGGGCAAUCGCGGACUCGGCUUCUACGGAGUAAAGGGCGAGAAGGGCGAGAUGGGCCUGCCGGGACCCAACGGGGUUCCGUCUGAGGUGCACCACGCCGUGGGCCCCACCAAGGAGGUGCUGCACCGGGAACAGUACAAGGGCGAGAAGGGGAGCGAGGGAGACCAAGGCAAACCGGGUUAUGGCAUAAAGGGUGAAGACGGCAUCGUGGGAUUCCCAGGAGAGCGGGGCCUGCCUGGAUAUCCUGGAGAGAAGGGUGACUCAGGACUUAGGGGAACCAAAGGUCGAGAUGGCUACCAAGGUCCUGAUGGCCGCCCGGGCCCCAGGGGAGACCCUGGCAUCCAAGGCCCACCAGGGCCCCCCGCAUACUCUCCGCAUCCAUCCCUCGCCAAAGGCAUGAAAGGUGAACCCGGAUUUCCCGGAGCCCACGGAGAGCCAGGAAGCCGCGGUCAGCCAGGAGACCCUGGUCUCCCCGGCCUGCCAGGCACCCCUCUGGGAGAAGAUGAUACCAAGAGGGGCUUCCCCGGAGAGAUGGGGCCCAAAGGCUUCGCCGGAGAACCCGGCAUCCCCGCACGGUACCCUGGACGCCCCGGAACUGAUGGAAGGCCAGGGCUGCAGGGACUCCCUGGGGCUCCUGGGGCCCCCGGACCAGACGGUUUCCUGUUUGGACUGAAAGGAACAGAAGGAGGUGUGGGGUACCCCGGACCAUCGGGGUUCCCCGGGACCCGAGGACAGAAGGGAUGGAAAGGGGAGGCCGGAGACUGCAGCUGUGGUGACGAGUUUACCCGAGGGCUACCGGGCCUGCCAGGACACAAAGGCUUCCCAGGCACCAGCGGGGAGCCGGGACGGAAAGGAGACGCAGGCGAGCCUGGGGCUCAUGGCAUCCCCGGCUUUUCAGGGUUCAAGGGUGCCCCUGGGGAGACUGGAGCCCCUGGGCCCAAAGGAGCAAAAGGAGACUCCAGAACCAUCACCACCAAAGGUGAUCGGGGACAGCCAGGAGUUCCAGGUGUGCCAGGCCUAAAGGGCAUGGAUGGCUUCCCAGGCCGUGAUGGACUCGGUGGCUUCCCAGGUCUUCCAGGCCCUCCGGGGGAUGGCCCGAAAGGCCCUCCUGGAGACGUAGGCCAGAAUGGGAUUCCCGGCACUAAGGGCCUCCCUGGAGAAAGGGGCCCUCCAGGCCUGGGCCUGCCAGGCCCCAAAGGCGAGCGCGGCUUCCCUGGAGAUCCAGGGGCUACCGGUAUUCCGGGCUUUCCCGGCCCCCCUGGCCUGCCUGGCUCCCCAGGACAGCUCGACUGUGAAGAUGACGGCGUGAAGAGGCCCAUCGGAGGGCAGGGGCAGGCAUCUGUGCAGCCAGGCUGUGUUGGAGGACCCAAGGGUCUCCCUGGGCCCCCAGGCCCUCCUGGAUCCCCAGGAAUCAAAGGGCUGCCUGGCAUUCAAGGCCUCUCGGGAGCCGAUGGAACCCCAGGUCUCAAGGGUCUCCCCGGAGAUCCCGGCCGUGAAGGGUUCCCAGGUCCUCCAGGCUUCGUGGGACCCCGUGGAUCCAAAGGCCUCGUCGGUCGGCCAGGCCCUGAUGGCCUCCCCGGGCCCAGUGGUGUGCCAGGGCCGGCCGGCCCCCCUGGAGACAAGGGUCUUCCUGGAGAAGCCCUGGGCGCCCAUCCUGGGCCCCGGGGAGAUGCUGGCCUACCCGGCCACCCCGGCCUGAAGGGCGUCCCUGGAGAGAGAGGCCCGCCGGGAUUCACGGGGAGCCAAGGCAUGCCUGGAAUGCCAGGACUCAAGGGCCCCUCGGGCUUCCCAGGACCGACUGGCCAGCCCGGGCUGCCAGGCCCACCAGGACAGCAUGGCUUCCCCGGAGUGCCAGGCCGAGCUGGCCCCUUGGGGCUGCCAGGCGCCCCAGGCUUUGGGGGCCUACCUGGGGAGAGAGGUGAACCUGGGGACGUUGGCAUGCCAGGGCCUGUGGGCAUAAAAGGAGUCUCUGGAGACAGAGGGAGCACAGGCGCCGUGGGGGAGCAAGGCCAGCCAGGCCCCUCCGGAUUCAAAGGCAUGGCAGGGAUGCCAGGCACACCAGGGCUGAAAGGGGUCAAGGGAUCCCCCGGGAUGGACGGCUUCCAGGGCAUGCCCGGCUUCCCGGGGAGACCCGGCAUACCAGGCAGCAAAGGAGAAACCGGCUUCUUUGGGGCGCCCGGACUGAAGGGCCUGGCCGGGGUGCCCGGGGCGAAAGGUGUUCGCGGAGAGCCCGGACCCCCAGGACCACCCCCUUUCAUCCAGCCUGGAAUGAAGGAUAUCAAAGGGGAGAAAGGCGACGAGGGCCCCAUGGGGCUGAAGGGGUUCCUGGGCGUGAAAGGAGGCACCGGGAUGCCAGGAGUGCCCGGGCUGUCAGGGAUCCCUGGCAUGCCGGGAAAGCCCGGCUACGUCAAAGGAAUCAAGGGGGACAUCGGUGUACCCGGUCUGCCUGGCUCUCCCGGCUUCCCCGGAGUGCCCGGGUCCCCUGGGAUCAUCGGCUUCCCAGGGUUCACAGGAAGUAGGGGUGAAAAGGGGAUCCAGGGGAGAGAGGGUCUGUUUGGGGAGGCCGGCCCCACAGGCGACUUUGGUGACAUCGGAGACACCAUCAACCUGCCGGGAACCCCCGGCCUGAAGGGGGAUCGUGGCACCUCGGGGAUUCCAGGUCGGAAGGGAUUCUUCGGUCAGAAGGGUGCGGCGGGCGACAUUGGCUUCCCGGGAAUCACCGGCAUGGCAGGCGUUCAAGGGCCCCCGGGGCUGAAAGGACAAACAGGAUUUCCGGGGCUCACGGGCCUCACGGGGCCUCAGGGUGAGCCCGGACGUGCUGGAGUGCCGGGAGAGAAAGGAGAUUUCGGCUGGCCAGGGACUCCCGGCUUGCCAGGCUUCCCAGGCCCCAGAGGCAUCGGAGGACUCAACGGCUUGCCAGGCACCAAAGGUUUCCCAGGAUCCCCAGGAUCUGAAGGCCACGGAGACCCUGGCUUCCCCGGCCCUGUGGGAGAGAGGGGGGAGCCCGGAGAGCCCAACACCUUUCCAGGCCCUGCUGGAGACCCAGGACAGAAGGGGGAGCGAGGAAUACCGGGGAACCGCGGCCCAGCUGGAAGCCCCGGACACAGGGGUUUCCCCGGCAUCACCCCCCAAUCCAACAUCUCUGGGGCACCUGGUGACGUCGGGGCCCCUGGCAUCUUCGGCAUGGAAGGUUAUCGGGGCCCCCCGGGCCCACCUGGAUCUGCUGCACUUCCUGGAAGCAAAGGAGAUGAGGGGGCCCCCGGGAACCCAGGAACCCCCGGAUCCAAAGGCUGGGGUGGAGAGCCUGGCCCCCAGGGCCGGCCCGGUGUGUUUGGCCUCCCUGGAGAGAAAGGCCCCCGUGGCGAACCGGGCUUUAUGGGGAACACAGGAGCUGUGGGAAGGACCGGGGACCGAGGUCCUGCGGGCCCCAAAGGUGACCGCGGAAGGCCUGGGCCUCCAGGGUCCUUGGGUUCCCCCGGGAUUGUGGGGAUUCCCCAGAAGAUCGUCUCUGAGCCAGGACCCAUGGGUCCUCAGGGUAGGCGAGGACCGCCCGGAGCACAGGGCGAUAUAGGACCGCAGGGACCCCCAGGAGACCCAGGGUUCCGAGGGGCUCCCGGGAAGCCUGGCGCACAGGGACGAGGAGGCGUGUCUGCCAUGCCCGGAUUCCGCGGUGACCCGGGGCCCAUGGGCAACCAGGGGCCUAUUGGCCAGGAAGGAGAGCCGGGCCGCCCCGGGACCCCAGGCCUGCCGGGCAUGCCAGGCCGAAGCGUGAGCAUCGGCUACCUGCUGGUGAAGCACAGCCAGACGGAGCAGGAGCCUAUGUGCCCCGUGGGCAUGAACAAGCUGUGGAGCGGAUACAGCCUGUUGUACUUUGAGGGCCAGGAGCGGGCGUUCAACCAGGACCUGGGUCUAGCAGGCUCCUGCCUGGCCCGCUUCAGCACUAUGCCCUUCCUGUACUGCAACCCGGGCGACAUCUGCUAUUACGCCAGCCGCAACGACAAGUCCUACUGGCUGUCGACCACCGCCCCCCUGCCCAUGAUGCCCGUCUCCGAGGACGACAUCAAGCCCUACAUCAGCCGCUGCUCCGUAUGCGAGGCCCCGGCCGUGGCCAUUGCGGUGCACAGCCAGGACGUGUCCAUUCCCCACUGCCCGUCGGGGUGGCGUAGCCUGUGGAUUGGCUACUCCUUCCUCAUGCACACAGCGGCCGGUGACGAAGGGGGCGGCCAGUCACUGGUGUCGCCGGGCAGCUGCCUGGAGGACUUCCGUGCCACGCCCUUCAUCGAGUGCAACGGUGCCCGGGGCACCUGCCACUACUACGCCAACAAGUACAGCUUCUGGCUCACCACCAUCGCCGAGCAGAACUUCCAGCCUUCGCCUCAGGCGGACACGCUCAAGGCGGGGCUCAUCCGCACGCACAUCAGCCGCUGCCAGGUGUGCAUGAAGAACCUAUGAGCGCUCGGUGCCUGGAGAACUUGGGAGCAGCGUGUGCCCGCAGGACAUGGGAGCACCCGCGUGUGGACGGAGAACCUAGGAGCACUCAGGGUCUGAAGGACCUGGGAGCACUCGCGUGUGUCUG